GUAUUAGCGCAGGAACAACCGCUUCGCUCCUUGAGCUAACCAAGCGAACGGUACUUGAAAUUGCAACUCAAGCCUUGUUUUCUGCAAUACUUCAGUUUCUUCCAGGCGCGGCUUCUGGAAUGUCAAAUCGACCGUGCAUAUUGCACACACGGCGUUAUCGGGCGGUCUAUGAGGGCCUGGUGAACACGCUUCGAGACGCGAAUGCACUGCAGCCUAACCAGCUCGCUCGGCUGAAGGAGCUGCAGCACAGCUUUUGCAGCUGCAGCGAGGGUACACUACCUGCCCUUGGCGCUGGCGACUCGGGCGCAAGCCCAAGCCUCGCUGCGGCAACGCCAGCUGCGGACCCAGCGGCCUCCCCACUCACCUCCCUAGAGCAGCCUCAGCCGCCACAGCAGCAGCCGUCGGGCUGGCACUCGGCGCUGCAGGGCGCCCAGGCGCAGCUGCUGCACCUGGCGCAGCGUCAGGGGGGCGCGUCGGUGGAGGUGAUGGCGCUCGCGGUCCAGCGCCUUGGGGGCGUGGUGGCGGGGGUGGUGGAGACGAGCGAGCUGCAGCUGGUGCGGAGGCGGGCGGCGCGCCGCGCGAUCCGAGACGCAGAGGACUGGCUUUAUGCGGUGGCGACCCCCGUGGUCAAGCGUCGCGGCGGCGCGCGGCACGGCGGGCCCUUCGGCCGCCCUGUGGCGGGGCGCCUCACGAGUACGUGUCUGGGUGAGCGGCCAGUGCGGCUGCAAGAGACUGCGACUGGAAUUGAGGAAAUGCACGUGGUUGACGCAUUCGCUCAGGGAGCUGGGGUUGGGAAUGAAGUGCUUAGGCGGGGGGACGGAUGGCAAGCCGGAUGGCGGCUUGAAUGGGCGUAAGUUGUUUGCCUCAGCUAUUAACUGCCAUGCUACCUCUGGGCUGUCAUGGCGGUUCUACACGUGACUCAUGGUGGCUCGGCCCGUCGGCCGUAUCUCUGAGGGCUUGGGGCGUCAGGUGCACAGCCCCCGCCCCAGGGCACCGCUGCUGCUGACAGCGCCGAGUGGGGCCAAGUCGCCAAACCGCUGCAUUCGUGGUUUGAGGAUUGGUCCCGGUCUGCAUGUGCGUGGUGGAACUCUUGGCAGUGGUGCCUGGGAUUGUCAGCUGGCGUUCUUGGCGGCAUUUGCAGUGUAUGGGCUCAGCAACACGGCACCAGGACGGCUUGUCAACAUCGCGCGGUUGCAACAUCUUUGCUUCAGUACCAGGAUUGCUAUCAACUGCUUCCACGGUUACAGUGCCUUGGGACUGCUGCAUGCGGCUGCCGCCCUUUCGCACAACCUGCAUGGGCUUGUAGUAUGGGCCGAAUGGCAUGUGCUUCGGGCACGUACCGGUACCUGACCAGUCCGCACCAUGCGACCAGAGGCGCACACUCACCCUUCAGCCUCUAUCUGGCGCUUGUCAGGUGCGUGGAGGCUGCCUGCCCUCUGCUCAUUCCGGUCCUGCCUCUGCCGCCGCUGCUGCUGCUGCUGUUGACGUGUCGCAGGGCGCACCUGUGCCGACUCGUCCGCGCGCGAUGCUUGCCUGGCGCUGGCGCUGCCGGCAUACCGCGCCUCUCAGCUCCCCACCCAGACGCCUCUGGCCCCACCACCAUACGGCUCUGCGGCUGUGUUGGAUUUGUCAGAGCUGCUCGAGGAUAAGCUGCAGCUGCGGCGCGGCAAGCACCGGCAGCUGUCGGCGUGGCGCAAGCGGCAGUGCGGGCGGGCGGCGGCCGCUGAUGGCGGCGGCGGUGGCGACGUUGCGACUCCCCGCGCGGGCGCGGGCGUGGCGGCGGCUGCGACGCCAAGCGUUGAUCAGGGGCUAAGCAAGCAGGGGCAGGUGCAUCCGGCUUUAGGCGAUGAGCCGAUGGACAUCGCGCACGGCUUGUGUGCCAUGUCACUUGUGGGCUGUGGAGCAGAGGCCGGGGCGGGCGGGGCAGUGGGCGUGAUGGGGCGAGCGGACAGCGCGCAGAUGGCCUGCGCGUGUGAGGCGAAAUGCUGAGCGUCAUCUUUAAGGUGCUGCUGCUUGCAUGCGGAUAAUGGAAUCGGCAGGCUGUGGUAGGCUGGGAAGGUUUAAGUAUUGCAGGCAGGGCGGGGCUUGCUGUUUGUGUGACCAGCGGAGGGUCUGUGUGACCAGCGGAGGGUCUGUGUGACCAGCGGACCGGAGGGCUGAUAUGGGUGGCCGCGGGCGGUCUGAUGCAAUGGGCCUUGCGCUGCGUUGCUUGCUGCAUUCCGAACGUGAUCAAGAACUGUGUGUUGCGUGGUGGUGUGCAAGUUUAUGUGCGCAGGCGCGAGGCAUGCUAGAUAUCCCGUACGUCAUGACUUUCCGCGCAGACCAACCUCGAAUGAGACAGGAAGCGUUUGUUGACGCACGCGAAGGGGAGCAGUGGAGCGCGAGGUCACGCAGUUACGGUGAUGACGCCGGCUUUGCACAGUAGAACAUGGCUCUCCCCCUCAAGGGAAAGGGUGUCCAGGCAUAGAGUCUCAGAUUGUAUGGAAGGGCCGGGCGGCGUGCGAGCUCGAAGUAUACGCUAUAUGACGACCUCACGGUAUACCGCAUGUCAGCACACUCGUGUGCUAUUGAUGUGACAUCCAUGGGAUGCCGUACGGUAUGCGUCACAAGCUCAUCCUGCAGUCAUGCUGUGUUGUAACAGCUU